AUGAGUAGCAGCGAUUCGGAGGGGGGGAGGCUCCCCCUACUCCGUCAGAGGGACCCGUUCAGGCCGAGGGGGUCCUUUAGGAGGACCCCACCAGGAGAGAGGCGCGCUAACCCGGGAUUGACUGGCACUGCACCGCCCGAUACGCUGGAGAGGGCCCAAGCGGCCUUCGACGCGGUCAUAGCCGGAACAGCGCCGGGUAUCCCAACAAGAGAGUGCGGAGCCCAAGUCUCCCCCCCGGCGCCUACUGAGCGCCAGCGCCCGGCGGCCGCGAAGCGGAUUCUGUCGCCGGAUGAACAGGCGGAGGCGGAUCCAAAGCGCCGCAGCGCUCGCGAUCUGUCGAUGGUCUGCGGCUCUUCCAAACUUCUUGCGCCCCCCACGCCAGCGACGGAGUACGGGUCGCCGUUCUCCUCUGGGGAUGACGGCUUCCUCCUCGGGGACGAAGAGCUGGGCAAGGCAUCUGCGCGGCAGCUGCUCGCCAAGGCGGGCGCAGCGUGCCGGGGUAUAGAGGCGGUUGCGGGCGGGCAGGCGUCCCGCCUGAACAAGGCAGACUUGGCGGCUAUCAAUGCCCAGCUACGGAUAUUGAUGGAAAUCGUUGGGCACUGCUGCAUCACAGUGGAGGGCCAGAAAACUGCGGUCACCGAAAUGCAGCGCCAGCAUAAUAUCCUAGAUGAGGUCCGUGCGCGAGAAGCUGCAAGAGCCUCAAGAGCAGAGGCCGAAGCGGAACGGCCAAGAUCGGAAGCGGCAGCGACUGGUGCCGCGGGUGGCUCCGUCAAUGAGGGUUGGCAGACCGUUAAUUAUGCGAGAGGAGAGCGCUGA